UUAGACGCACUGUUUGUGUUUGUAUUUUGAUUGAAAUGUCACAUAUUUGACAAUUCGUGAGUGCUUAAAAAAUGAAAACAUGAACAACGGUAUUGAACGAGAAAACAAAAUGAUUUUCAAAUAACGAAACGUCAAAACGCAUUAGAAAUGGAACUCUUUCGAACAAAUGAGUUUUACAUAUUCACAAAGGGCGAAUAUUCGCUGUGGUGGGAUCGCCAAACGGGAGCUUUCAUACCCAAAACAGGUUGGGACUUAACGGAUGCAGAUGAUCCAGUUUGUCUGGGUGUAUGCGAUGGUAUCAUUGGGCUAGUCGAACACAGUCCUCUGUUCGAUGCCAGACUACUCCUAAUUAAAGAAAGUCUUCCAGUAGGCACCUUACACGGCGAUAACACGGUUUACAAAAUAAAGUCCGUCGUUUUUCUACCGCUAGGACCGGAAAAUGUCGAUUUGAAUUUGAUACCGUGCCGUAAGCACAAGGCCGUCGAGCUGAAGCAAAACCCCACGAACACCGGCCUAUUGUUCGACCUGCAAAAGAACAACGCCUUUACUAAAACUUGGGGGACGUUGAAGAACGCCGGCAAUACGUUGAAACAAACGACUCAGCAGGCCGCUGCUCUCGCCGGGGUCCAGAAAAAGGGCACCUUCAAAGACAAAGAUCGGUUCGAGAAGCAAAUCGUCGAGGAGUUCUAUAAAAUUUUUAACGAUACCAACUCGUUCUACUAUUCGCAUACUACUGAUAUCACCAACUCAUUGCAAAGGCUGUGUAAUUUAGAAAAACACGGUGUCUCCUCGACUGCUAUAUGGAGGACUGUGGACGAGCGAUUUUUUUGGAACUACAAUAUGCUGAAGAAUAUUUUAGAAAUGAGAAAUCCUUUAUGUGAUCCGUGGAUAUUGCCUAUUAUUCAGGGGUUCAUCCAAAUUGAAGAAUGCCAUGUCGAUAUGGAUAGGGAUUUAGUCGAUGCUAAAGAUAAAAAUUAUGACACUUUUAAAUUGUGUAUUAUAUCGAGAAGAAGUAGAUAUCGUGCUGGAACGAGGUACAAAAGACGAGGUGUAGACGACGAUGGAGAGGUGGCCAAUUACGUAGAAACUGAGCAAAUAAUAUCUUACCAAUCUCACGAAGUGUCAUUUGUUCAAGUAAGAGGAUCGGUCCCCGUGUAUUGGUCUCAACCGGGUUAUAAAUACAGACCUCCUCCUAGAAUUGAUAGAGGCGAAACUGAAACGCAUGUCGCAUUUGAAAAGCACUUUACCAAAGAAAUCCACAAUUACGGACCGGUUUGCAUCGUAAACUUAAUCGACCAAGCUGGUAAAGAGAAAGUCAUCUUUGAUGCAUAUUCAAAUCACGUUUUUCUCUACAACAGCCCGUUUGUUACAUAUGUAACAUUCGAUUUCCAUGAGUACUGUCGUGGGAUGCAUUUUGAAAACGUUUCAAUACUUAUCAACGCUGUGAGCGACCUACUAAAAGACAUGAACUACUGUUGGAGGGAUAGCCAAGGGCACAUUUGUUCCCAAAAUGGCGUUUUUAGAGUCAAUUGCAUCGAUUGCUUGGACAGAACAAACGUCGUUCAGACGGCUUUGGGUAAAACUGUUAUGGAAAUACAGUUUUGUAAAUUGGGUUUGAUAUCGCCCGAAGGCGUCAUCCCUACGAGCAUAAAGAAUACAUUCCAAUUGUUGUGGGCGAAUAAUGGGGAUAUAAUUAGCAAACAGUAUGCCGGAACUAACGCGUUAAAGGGAGAUUACACCAGAACUGGAGCGAGGAAAUUUACGGGUAUAAUGAAAGAUGGAAUGAAUUCGGCAAAUAGAUAUUUCAAAAACCACUUCAAAGACUCUGUACGUCAGUAUUGCUUAGAUAUAAUGCAAGACGUCGCUUUGAAAGAAGUAGAAAUCCAAGACUUCUGGUCGGAUUUGCGUAAAGUGGGCAACAUUGCCACCGAAAUCCUGCCGGCAAAACCUCCCCAAGUUGCGCCCCAUUUAGCCCUCCAACAAGAAUUCGAACUUGCGCACGUGCUUUACCAAAUGUCUAGGUAUUAUUUAAGCAGAUUCAAAGACACGACUAGGCAAGGCACUAUAGAUUUAAUGUUAGGCAACUAUGUACCUGAAGACAUGUUCAAUGAAUCCAAAGCGGCUCAGUUCGAGGAAGACACCGUCACCGCGGAGCACGUGAAAUUGCUGAUCGAGGACUGCAAGAAGAUGCUGAUCAACCAGCCCGAAUUGGUGGUGGGCGCUUGGGGCCUGAUCAACGCCGAUCCCGUCGAAGGCGAUCCCAACGAAACCGAGAUGGACUCCAUACUCAUCCUCACCAGGGACUCCUACUUCGUCGCCGACUACGACGAUCAAGUCGACAAGGUUACCAAUUACCAAAGAGUACUGAUGGAGGACGUGACGCUGUUGGAAUUCGGCAUGGCCGACAGCAACGUGUCGUUGUUUAAGACCUCCAAGUUCCGAUAUAGCGUUAGGAUUAAUUACAAGCUUAAUGGCGCUGAUGGAUAUUACCACAUGUUCAGGUCGACCAGCUUUCGGUUCUUCAAUAACAUGGCGGUGGUGAUUAAAAGCGUGGAAGAGGAAGUUGAGUCGCUGAAGUCGAUUUGCGAAGGAUUCCUAGUGGCCGCGGACAUUUGCGGCUUGCCGGCCAUCCCGUUCGUCCAAGGCCAGUCGCUAGACAGGCGAAAGUCGAAGGCCAUAAGCAGCGGUAGGUCGUCUAAUAGUAUCUACUUAGAUUUAUCGUCUUUGCCCCAAAUGACCAGAAACGUUUCCGAAAGCCAGUUGCUCUCUUUGAAAAACGUCGGAUCGAAAGCUCUAUCGAACGUUACCCAACAAUUUUCCAAAUUGAACAAAAUCGGUAGCACUUUCAAAUCGAGGACGAAAGUGGAGGACGGACAGAAGAUCAAAAACGAAGCUUCCAGCGAUUCCGACGAGGAAUACGAAAGCUCUAUUUUUCAACCUAAAGUUGAGGCUGCUUCCGCCGCCUAUCCCGAUACAAGUUCACCUGGUAACCAAAGCAUCGAGCAAGGUUUAGAAGUCAAGGAAGACGAGUUGAGCUUGUCCAUCAACAAAACCGACACGUUCCUGCCGGGCGUUGGCAUAGUGAUGGGCAAUUCGAGCGAUCCGACGGACAUAGAUGAGCUUCUGGAGCAGAAGCACAACCUGCUGAGCAGGGCGGACUCGUCCCACAUGGACGACGUCCAGCUGUCCAGCAUCAUGCAGAGCGUCUCGAUGAGCUCCGGUCUGAGUCCGGCGCCGGAGAUCCAGAUCAACUCGGAACACACCGAGGACAAGAGGAACCCGCCCAACACCCUGCUGCUCGACAAAAAGAGCAAAUCUUCGGUGGAAGUCAACGACGCGGCCGAAUACAGCAGGAACGUCGAGAGAUCGAAUUCCGAUUACGAUGUACAGAUGAACAUAUCUCAGUCGCAGAGCGAAUCGGCGCUGAAAACGCUGAAUUUGGCGAGUCCCGCGGGCGCUUCCACCAAAGAUUUCGUUUUGUCGCCUUUGAGUAAAUUUGCCAAAGGUGUUCAGAAUUUCGGAGCGAAUUUGGAUCCCAGGAAAUACAGCGGGCAAGUGAGGCACAUAUCCGAGAAGGAUAUCGAAGAGCACAAGAAAUUACAGGCGAGAUGGAAGGAUAGCAAGACUAGGAUCAUCGCUUUGUGAGUCGUGUUGUACCUUGCUUUCGUUAUCAGAUAGGAGCUUUUGCGCAAAUCGAAGAAUUUGUAAAAUUUCUAUUUUUGUUAAUUGGGGUACUUCCACUAUUUAAGAGCCGGUAUUUUCGUGGGCUGCUUGUUAAAAAGCUUCUUAUACAGGGUGUUCCAUAAUGACAUGCUGAUAUUUAAGGGGGUGAUUCUUGGACUCAUUUUACGGAAAAAACUUCAUAAGAACAUAUGUCCUAAACCUAAUAUUUAUUAUUUUUUUAAUUUUAGCACCGCGACUAAUAUAGCGGUAGCGUACAAAUGAAUGCGAUUCCGAAAAUAAUUUUUAUAUCAAUAUUAGGCAGUGGCAUAUCUUUUUUUUUCUCCUAAAAUAUUCAAUGUAAAACCCGUAAAUUCAAUGUACGGACGCCACUGCUGAAUAUAAUAAAAUUAUUUGUACAUCAGAAAAUGUAUCUUGAUUCAUAGAAGACGUGUGCCAAAUUUUAUAAAGAUAGCUAUACUAGUAUCACAGUUGUUACAAAAAAUUGAUUAUUUUCUUAAAAUUUUAACACCCUUAUGUAUCUAAAGAAGACGUUUAGGAUAUAGGUUCAUAUAAAGUUUUCUUCUUAAAAUUGGCCCCUUGAUCACCCCGUUAAAUAUUAGCAUGUCAUUUUGGAAUACCCUGUAUAUAAGGUAUAAAAAAGAUGAGUGGAUCAGGGAUGAGACAUUUUAAAACUUUUUUAUUCUUUUCGUUUUUUAAAAUUCAGUUUUUAAAAAUUUGUGUUAAACAACAUAUUUUAGGCUCCCCGACAUGCUCGGUUCUUAUGCGGGACACCCUAUAUAAGAAUGAAAAAAAACCGACCCUUUUCGUAUUGGAAAAUACUCAUUUUACAAAUUCGCGAGAUUUGUUUUUUAAUUUACGAGCUCAAAUAAAAAAACUAGUGAUUAUUUAGUGAUACAUAAAAUGGUAUGUUAUACGUUGCUCAAGAUACCUCUGAUUCGUGUUGAAUAUUUAAUUAAUAUACGGGUAGAAAGGUGAUUGUGGUUAUUUAUAAUUACAAGAUGUUCCACUGGAUGUAAUUUUAUGAAAUCUCUAAAAAUUUUCUAUUUUUCAUGGAAAUUGAAAAUAGUCUACGCUUGCUAAUUAUUAUGUGGAACAACUGAGAUUAAUAGCCAGUAUUAUAAUAUUUUACCGUAAACAUUUAUAAAUAUUAUUCUCUGUGUUUAAAAUGAAAAGUAGCUAUAAGCAACUAUUCGGAGGUAUCUUUUAUAUUUAUUAACACAUAGUGUACAAUUAUUAUCUAUAAUUAAUUAUUUUUCCUACUUUAUACAGGGUUUAAUUUAUUUAUGUGAAUAAGUGCGAAUUUGUUUGCAAUAUGGUCAAUUGUAUGAGUUGAACAAAGAAAGAUUAUUAAAAUAACAGUGGUUAGAGUGAUAAAGUUGCAAUCUUAACAAUAUUAUUCUUUCUUUUUCCUUUAUAUUAGACUAAUGGAGGUUGCCCUUGUUGCACCAAUAGACUAUAUUGCGUACACAUUUGUUCUUAUGUAUACAGGGUGUUCCUAAACAUCGUGCACAUACGAAAAGGGUAUUGUUUGGCUUAUUUAAUGACUAAAAGGGUGUUGAAAUUUCAAGAUUUUAUUGUUUUUUAGAUUUCCUGGAGUUUUUGAGAUAAUUAGCUCAAAUUUGGAAUAUACAGUGUGUCCACGGAUGGGGUUGCCUAUAGGAGAAACAGUUAUUAUCAUUCAUUUUAUGACAAAGUCAUUCUUUGUAAAAAAUUUUGCUUCUUCUGAAAAUGAGAAUAACAUUAAAAAAUAUUAGAUUGGAUCUGCUCGAUGUUUACGAACACCGUGUGUAUGUACAAAUUUUGUACUUAAUUGCGCUUUAAAAUUUAUUUCUAUAUAAUUUUUGUUACUUUUUCAAAUUAAGUUAUUAAAACAGGGUGUUAAUUAAUUGAGUGCCGAUACUUCAUAAUGUGAAUUUUUGGGUGAUUUUAAGAAGAAAAGUUUAUAUUAAUAUAUGUCCUAAACCUCUUAGUUUUCGAGCUUUCAUAAAAAUCAUCCAAAUAUUCACAUCCUGACGAAUCAGCACUCAAUUAAUUAUCACCCUGUAUAUCAAAUUAUUGAUUUAAAGUUUACGUACUUGUUUAUAUGGUAUUGUUAAUUUUUCUCUCAAUUUUUGUUGUAUUUCUUAAAUUGUAGUAUUUAAAGUUUUAUUUUCGACUAGUGAGGUGUACUCCUCUUUAGUGAGCAAACUUAACACCUGGUGAAAAUUCCAAAAAAAUAAAAAAAAAAUUAGAGCGAGCACAAUGCCGUUAUCAAUAAUGUGAUAAAAAUAGAAUCGUAGCAAAGCGCUUGUAGCCAAACGAACGACUUGUAAAAAUGAAACGGCCAAAUACACGCCCGCUCGAAAUGGAAUAUUUUUUCUACGAAACCAGUUUUUUACCUCCGAACGUUUCGAAACGGGCUCGAAAAAAAAAACGGGAACAUUCAAAAGACUUGACACCAUUUCCUCAUAUUAUUUAGCGCACGAAUCGUGCGCUCGUAACGUUCCAGAUUCUAAGUAUCCAGAUGAAUUUUUCGUACGUUCUACGGCCGCAAUUGCGCGGAUCGAAUUUGAACGUGCGCCAAUUGGCCAUAUCCUUCGUUCUAUCUACCUUUCCGGCCGUCUGAACCCCUGCGGGGAGUCGCAUUACCCAUACCGAAUCCCGUUUCUUCUACCGAUGCUACCUGCACAAAAUAAAAAAUACAUUAUUCAUUCGUCUUAAAAGAGACACGAUUUUUUCAGAUUUAGGGCGAUUAAGGUAGUACAGGGUGUUAUCUAUGUAUAGUGUUUUAGCUGCUUUGUUUUAAAGAAAAAUUAUUAAAUUAUUGCCCAUUUAGUAGAUAUGCUUUUUCGAGAGGUUUUUAGCGAUUUUAGGAAUCAAUAAGCAAUAUGAUAUAAAGUUAUAGGAGUUACUGACUGGCUGAUUGAGUGGGGUUACUGUAGAGCUUGCCAAGCAAGCGUGAUGCUAUCAAAUAUUCUUGCAAUACACCCUGUAUUUACGAUUAAUAUAAAAAAUGGCUUCUACUUAAAAUUCUGAAUGGAUUGAACGUUACGAAGCUUGCGAAAGUAUCGUAUUUUGCUGUUUCAUCCUGUCAUUAAAAUAAUUGUGUAGAAUGGAGUUACUGCGUUAUAUUAUUUUCAGGAUCUAGGUAUACUGUCAGUAGUACUGCUUAAAAUAUUCAUCCGAUGUGGAUUGAAGCAAAGAUGCCAGUAAUAGUGGUUUUCUUGUGUUAAUAUUUCGAAAAUGCGAAUUAAUUCUACAGUUACAGGUCAUUAUAAUUAUAUUGAAUAUAAAGGGUGUCGCGCAUAAGAACCGACACAAAACAGGAAUGUGUAGGAGAGCACAAAAGAUUCUGUUGAACCAACUUAACUUAAUAGAAAGUUACAUUCCUGAGAAGUUAUAGGCUUUCAAAGAGGAGUUAUAUACAGAUUUAAAAAAAUAAUAAUGUCUCAGUAAUACACAAACUUAAAACAACUUUAUUUGGUUUACGUUAUGAGUGUACUAAGAUCAUUAAUCGAUAGUUAGGAGAGAUCAAAAUAAAUCUAUUUUAAAUGGUUCAUCAGGGAUGAAUCUCCUUUAAAAUGUUACCGAUUUUUUUUACUCUCAUUUUAUUAACAAAAUUAAUAAUUCACUUCGUAUGUAAUUUUAUUUUAAAACUUCUUUAAUUUUUUGUUUUUUUGUUAUACUAUCCAUGUUAAUUAAAAUCGCCGAUAAUUCAAAAGUUAGCUGUAUACUUAUUUUAGGCUCCCCUACAGGGCGCUGCUCUGUGUUGACUCUUAGGCGGGACACCCUGUAUUUGUUGUGUAUGUAGGCGGUAUCUUCAGUAAAAAAGAUUAAGUAGAAAGUCAAAAUUGUAGAGGUGCCUUUGCUGAUUGAUAACUUUGAAUAGCUCAUAUUUUUAGACGUUGGUUGGUUAAAUGUGACAUCAGGUUUGAAAAAUUUUAAUGAAUACUUUCAAGUCUUGUUGUUUAUUAUCCUAUUUUCAAUUUGCCAUUUUUCUUCGCUGUAUUGAAAGUUUGAGUUUUGAUCAGGAGGAAAAUAUUCAUUGAAAUUUGAAAUUGGUUAUUUCUUAGCGAGAAGAAAAACAACAUGUCAAUUAAUAUACUGUACACAAGAAUAAAUUAGCAUGUCAGAG